AUGUCCCCAGCCCUGGCUGCCCUCUUCUGCCUUGGGCUGUGUCUGGGCCAGGGGAUACGCGCUCAGGACGGUCCCCUGUCCAAGCCCUCCCUCCAGGCCCUGCCCAGCUCCCUCGUGCCCCUGGGGAGGCCGGUGACCAUUCGCUGCCAGGGCCCUCCGGGUGCAGACCUGUACCGCCUGGAGAAGCUGAAAUCCGGGAGGUAUUUUGACCAGGCGGAGAUCUUCAUCUCGGCGAUGGAAAGAGACCAAGCCGGCCGCUACCGCUGCUCCUAUCAAAUAGGGAUGCACUGGUCCCCUCCCAGCAGCCAGCUGGAGCUGGUUGCUACUGGAACUUCCCCCAAGCCUUCGCUGUCAGCUCAGCCCAGCACAGCGGUGCCCGCAGGAGUGACCGUGACUCUACGCUGUCAGAGCCAGUAUGGUUUUGACCAAUUUGCUCUCUACAAGGAGGGGGACACCAGGCCCUUCAAGACACCAGAGAGGUGGUACCGGGCAGACUUCCCCAUCGUCACGGUGACUGCCGCCCACAGCGGAAUCUACCGAUGCUAUAGCUUUUCCAGUGCAUAUCCAUACCUGUGGUCAGCCCCCAGCGACCCCCUGGAGCUUGUGGUCACAGGGACCUCUGUGACUCCCAGCUGGCUACCCACGGAGCCAACUUCCACCAUAACAGAAUUCACAGAGGCCUCCAGGAAACUGAACCACUCGAUUGCGAAUGAAGCCGCCACAACGGAAGCUUCUAGGAAUAUCACUGUCCUUCCAAAGGAAUCGGACCCUCCAACUGGUCUUGCCCUCCAGCGCUACGCCAAGGGCAAUCUGGCCCGGAUAUGCCUUGGGGCUGUGAUUCUAAUUCUCCUGGUGGGGCUUCUGGCGGAAGACUGGCACAGCCGAAGGAAACCUCCGAUGAUGCACCGGAUCAGAGCUGCACACAGGCCGCUCCCACCCCUCCCGCAGACCCAGAAACCACAGGGUCGUCAGGAUAGGGGUCGACCAGAUGGUCACAACAGAGGCUUCCAUCACUAG